UCCGCAUCAUACAUCACGGCCCGCGCUGAUUCACCAUACAAAGGUACAUUCUUCCGCCGAGAACUCAGCACACUCCAUCGCUCCUAGAUACAUACGUUUCCAUCCCGCUCAUACUUACCUUUACGUCAUCACGAUACUGGCGGACAUUUUCUGGCGGCGACAGGCUGCCCCAGCCGGCGAGCACCCUGCCGCAGACGACGAGGAGCCUCAUAGGACUACCAUGUCGAGACUGUUAGAUGAGCCGCGAUUGACGCCGCAAUUCUGCUUCAAUCAAACGGUACUGCGAGAUUUUCUUCGAGUAUCACGAUCCACAAUAGACGACUCAAUCGCACAAAACCUCAAUGCUCUCCUCACACCAGCGAGCGAAGGCUUCGACCCAUCCUCUACCUCCUCGCGCCAGAUCCGGCCGCAAUCGAAACGGCCGAUAGAUUCAGAGUCGUGCCGGACAUUCAAGGACAGAGUCCUCUUUCCCUCAUGGCAAACGCGAUCGGAUGUCUUGACAUAUUGUGCCAGCGUGGCGACGUCUCCAGACCCCGAAGACCCGGACUCGAUCUUACGCCAGGUGGAAUCCGCGCACGCAAGAGAGAGGGUGGUCAAUGAGCGCUUGGACCCGUACAGCGCUCGGUAUUUUCCUAGAGAAGCAAGGACUGAGAUGCUGGCGAGCUUAUUACGCAACGAAAGGAGCGUGGAGAACAUAAUACGGGCGAGGACGUGGGCCCUUGUUGGAGAAAGAUGCAUAGAGACAGCGCCGCAAACGGCGGAUGAAGCACUCGAUGAGUGGCGAUCGCGGCGGGGGCCCGAAAGAUAA